AUGUCAGGAAGAGGAAAGGGAGGUAAGGGAUUAGGAAAGGGAGGAGCCAAGAGGCAUCGUAAGGUUCUUCGUGAUAACAUCCAGGGUAUAACCAAGCCUGCUAUCCGUCGUCUGGCUAGGCGUGGUGGAGUCAAGCGUAUCAGUGGUCUUAUCUACGAGGAGACCAGAGGUGUCCUCAAGAUCUUCUUGGAGAAUGUCAUCCGUGAUGCUGUGACCUACACUGAGCACGCUCGCCGCAAGACAGUGACUGCUAUGGAUGUUGUGUAUGCUUUGAAGAGGCAAGGGCGUACUCUCUAUGGUUUUGGUGGUUAA